UCAAACGAAAAGUGCUUUUGCGUACAGCAGUUUAAUAUUCCAUUGUCCGGCUAAAGGUAAUAUUCGGAAUUGCCUUUUGUUUGGCACACAAAAGCCCAUUGUUCCUCGUCCAGUAGGCAGCGGGCUACGAUGCAAAGUGUCAUCAACACGGUGAAGGGAACCGCCCUGGGCGUCGCGGGGUACCUCACUCCCGUCCUGAAGGAAUCAAAGUUCCAAGAGACUGGUGUUCUAACCCCAGAGGAGUUUGUGGCAGCAGGAGACCACCUGGUGCACCACUGUCCCACGUGGCAGUGGGCCAAGGGCGAGGAGUCCAAGAUCCGCAACUACCUGCCCACUGACAAGCAGUUCUUGGUCACCAGGAAUGUGCCCUGUUACAGGAGGUGUAAACAGAUAGAGUACUGUGAAGAUAAAGAGAAGGUGAUAGAGGAUGACCAGGAUGGAGGAGGCUGGGUGGACACUCACCAUUAUGACACGGCCGGCUCACCCACAGUUGAGGAGAAGGUGUGUGAGAUGACCCUAGAAGCGGCCGACACAGGCGACAGUGACGGCGAGGCGGGGGACCCUGGAAAUGAUGAUGAUGAGGAGGAGGAUGGCGAGGCUGAAGAUAUGGAGCAGUUCCAGGAGUCAGGGCUGCUGGAUGAAGUGGACCCUUCGACAGACCUCGCACCACGAAAGGAAAGCAAGCCCAAGGAGGCCAAACCAUCUCGCGGCGACGGCGACGACAUAGUGCGAACUCGCACAUAUGAUCUGCACAUCACGUACGACAAGUACUACCAGACGCCGCGGCUCUGGCUAAUAGGGUACGACGAGAACCGGGCGCUACUAAGCGUGGAAGCGAUGUACGAAGACGUAUCAGCCGAGCACGCCAAGAAGACUGUUACCAUUGAGGCCCACCCGCACCUCGCGGGGCCGGGAAUGGCGUCUGUCCACCCCUGCCGACACGCAGAAGUGAUGAAAAAAAUUAUAGAGACAGUAACAGAGAGCGGCGGCGAGAUGGGCGUGCACUCGUACCUCAUCGUGUUCCUCAAGUUCGUGCAAACAGUCAUCCCCACCAUCGAGUACGACUUCACGCAGAACUUUGCCAUCAACUAGGCUCUACCUUUAUAUUCGAUCUAGCCGAUGGGGCGACAGCGGCACGACUGCGAGCGAGAAAACCGAUUUAAUUAUUAACGUUUUGAAAGACGGAUGAUAUCAGCGCAUAGUCUACUGACAACUGGACACUCCAGCGCUGUGAUCUUGGAACCUACUGUUGGUAUUGUCAUUCUUUUUCCACAAUGUUUGUACAAAAUGCCUUUUGUCUCAGAACUUAGUUCUUGGAGGUUUUCUUUUUUGUGGUGUAGCACUUUCAACUCUGGUAAUGAAAGAAACUCACAAUUUUGUUUCCAAGAUUGAUUUUCUCUUAUAAUGCGUCCCACACAAAAAUGCACAUUGAAAUGUCACAAAGUUUAGGGAUGGGGAAGUACGUAUAUUUUGUAGAUGGGUUUACUCAGUUGUACCUAUUUGGGAAUCUGAAUCAUAAGUACUAACGAUUCUAAAAAAGAAAAAUCCAAGAAGGAAGUUCGAGUAGUAAAGUUUUUUAUACAUACUAUUUGGGAGCGACGAAAUUUAGUCAGACCAGUCGGUGCCUAUGUCGUCUGUAUGGAUAUUGGUAUAUACUUUUUGAAGCUCAUGCAGUCGUUUCUAUCAUGGAAUAUGACUUCAGUUUCUCGCAACAUUUUGGAUGUAUUCCCAUUUGUCCCCAUCCCACGUGACCGCCGCCAUACAUGACACGGGGACUAGUGGGAAUGAUGUAUAUGCAGCGUCUGUUCCCACCAGUGCCCGGCGAGGACAAAUGGAAAUACGCCACAUUUGGCUAUCAGCUAGUCCAGUGGAAUGCUGUUUACCUCUUUGUAAGAUAAAGUUCGGUAUCGCCAUCGCCAUUUGGAAAACCUUCGCUGUAAUUAGCAUCGAGGAUAUUUGCUGAAAAUGCUAAGCAAUAAUGCUCCUUAUUCCUUAAUGAUAAAGUUUUGUUCGUUGUUGCCUUUGUGGUCGCAAAUAAGGUUCGUGUUUACUUAGCAAUGUUUUAACGACGCCAAGAAGCAAUAUCGUUUAGUAUUUUCAGAAUUCCAUUAUAUUUUUGUUAUUGGGGCAUGAUGAUGAUGAAAUCGUGGAGAGGGAUACAAACACUUCAAAAUCUUUCACUAAACAUGUCAGUUUACCAUGAAAUCUUGCCUCUGUUGACUUUAAAGAAACUACAGCCAGCAGCAAAAGUAAUUAAGCGGGAAAGAUGUUCAAAAACGACCUACGCACGCUACACUCUUUUAUCAAAUGUUGUGUUCAGAUCAUUUUGAACACCUAACCCGCUUAGCUGCUUCUGCUGCUCAGUGCACACGCCAUCGGAAGAGUAGUUACGGCACAGCAUUCGAUUUUAGAGCAUUUAUAAUAUAAAUAUCCCGAUAGAUACCCUAUUACAGUACCAAGCUAAUUCUGCACAUUCUUUUCAAUGACAAAGUGUGGAACUGUCCUCUUUAAAUAAAUAAAUAUUAGCAGGCAGACAGGCAGGGUCACUAUCCACUAGGCCGGACCGGUCGUCAAACAUCAUUAACCCAUUUCAAAUUUUCGACUCAUUAACUUUCAAAUGUGACGUUUAUUGUGGCACUCCUCACAUAGUCACGUCAAAGUCGGUUCCUACAGAGUGCUUAGACACUCGAAUGGAAUUAUGCGCUGUAUUUUGAAAAAGGCAGUGUCUAUAACUAAAUGAUAUUAUUAGCCAACGAAUUUAGAUAUGUUUAGUAAUGCCAUUGCAAUAGCAGAGAAGAGAACUAAUCACAUUUAUACUAGCUCUUGUAAAUGUGAUUAAUUCUCUUCUCUACUUUUUAUUUUAUUAUUUACAUUAGUACAAAAUAAUAUCGCUGUGGCCACAAAAUAAAAUAAAAAUUGUCCUCCCUAUGAAUUUAUAGUGAUGAUUGGAUAUUUUCACAACUUCGUGUCAUAUAAUGCCAUACACAUUUUUAUUUGUUUUAUACCACGUCGGCGGCAAACAAGCAUACGGCCCGACUGAUGGUAAGCAGUCACCGUAGCCUAUGGACGCCUGCAACUCCAGAGGUGUUAUAUGUGCGUUGCCGACACUUUAAAAACCUAUACCUACACUCGUCCUUUAUCAUUUUUAUUUUAUAUGUACCAAUGUACCUAUAUCAGUCACUUGGAUUUUAGUAGGUAAACCUCAGCAAACUUUGACAUUGGUAGGGCCACUCGCACCAUUCCAUUAACCCGGGGUUAACCGGUAAAACCUGGAGUUAGAGUUACCAUGGUUACUAGUACAAUUUGACAUUGGGUUAACGGUUUAACCGCUUAACCCCGGGUUAGUGGGAUGGUGCAAGUGGGCCUUAGCGUUAAAUUGCGUCGAUUUUGUGAAAAUUACCAAUCUAAAUCCGCAAUGAACUUUCUAAUGAUUAGUGAAGUCGUAUAUCGUAAGCUCGUUAUAUUUAUUAUAUAAAUCGCAUUAAAUCAAUGAAACACGUAUCUAAAGCCUUACUGUUUAUACAAAAUCUUGUUUUCAUUAAUUAAUUUUGUUUAUUAGAAACAUUCCUACGUAAGGUCCUGUAGCUGUUGCGAUCGCCGAUAAAAGAUUACGGUUUGAAAGUACCAUCGCGUCCAUCGCCCACACUGUUAACUGUACAUCGGUGGACCUUAUUACAAAAGGCAUAAGGUCCACCGAUGUACAGUUAACAGUGUUGCUGUUUGUACUUACAGUUUUUUUUUCAGUUUUCAGUCAUUCGAAUAUUAAUAUUCGUGUUAUUCGAAUGAUGUUACCACAACGGGAAGAAAGCAGUAAUUAUUUACCAGUGGUAACAACUUGGUGGUAUCACUGCGGAAAACCCAUAGGUACCCACAAAUGUAUUUGAAUCGAUCGCAACGACUAUGAGAAAGUAGUUUUAUUCUUCGGGCUUGACAUACUAAUGUGUCUCGCUACAUUUAUAAUAUAAAAGCUAUAUUUAAUAUUGACGUGGUUUUGAUAUUAUAGCGUAAGAGUUGUAAGCAAUGUUAUUAUAUAUUAUUUUGCUCGAAAAUAAACUUUUAAAUCCACAGUUCGCUUCCUAAUUUUAACUUGUGUAAAUCUUUUAUUUAUGAGCAUGUUGAUUGUGCCAUUAUUUUCACAUAAACUUAUUUUUUAUUAAAUUAAUAUUUUGCUACCA